UACAAAUUCUAGGCGACAAUACGAACUGGGCGAGCAACAGGUUGCCUUUCAGUGAUAUUUUCCAUUUAGUCGACGAACGACAACGAUACGAACACGAAUCAUUUUGUUUGUAGUUUCCGCGUGAAAAUUACAGAAAAGAUUCCAAACGAAAACAAAAUCAUCAUCUAGUGCAAAAUGGUAUCCGUUGAGACAGUUGGUUCUAUUUUCAUCAAGGCCCUGAAGCUGAUCAUCAACCUGGUGAUCAUCUUCCUGUACCGUUGGGGCGAUGGUGGCGAAUUCUUGGGCAUUGGCGGCACUUGGAAUCUGAACGAGGAGAAGAGCGCCGAUGCGGAAAUCGUGGCCUCGGGCGUUAUGGUUGGAUUUUUGAUUUACACUGGAUGCCACACAAUCGCCUUUGCCUUCGGCACCACCAAACAUAAGGGAGAGCUCUGUGACACCAUCAUGAACGUGGUUGGCUGCAUUAUGUGGAUCGCCGUGGGCGGAGUGGCCCUGCAUUACUGGAAGGGUUACAUGUCCGACGAGGGAUUCCUGUAUGUGAACUCGGAGCGCCAGGUGGGCAUUGCCAUGGGAUCGCUGUGCGUCAUCGAGGGCGCACUGUACCUGCUGGACACCGUUUUGGCCUGCAUACAUUAUUCGAAGGGCGACACCGACUACACGCAGUAAAAGUGGAGCCGUGGGGAAGACAAUCGCAAUCGCCGAAUAAACUUAGAUCGAUUUAAGUGCAAAUUAGUUUUUAUCCACAAUCAAAUUACGUUCGUAAGGGUCAAUUGUCGCUGUACUAUAUACUAACUGUUUAAUGUUUUCAUUCACGUUUCACAGCCUAGAUUUGGCAAAUACAAAUAGUUAAGACCACGCCACGGA